AUGUUCUUGGCUGGGGUGGGGGGAGCAGAGAGCAUCACCUGUGUCCUCACUCCCGCCUCCUUCAAGGUCCCCCCUGAACGAGCCCCUGGCUCCCCACCCUUUCCCCGGUCUCGGGCCCCUCGCUCCCGAGGCCAGCGAGGCCAGCGAGGCCCUCCACUUCCUCGUGAGCCCGCGGCUCAGCAGGGCGGCGAGUGGCUGUGGACGCCCCGACCCGCUGUCCCGGCAGGACGCCCCGACCCCCGCAGGACGCCCCGACCCCCGCUGCCCCCCCUGCCCCGACCCCCGCUGCUCCCCCUGACCCGACCCCCGCUGUCCCCCCCGACCCCGCUGUCCCCCUGCACCGACCCCCGCUGUCCCCCCUGCCCCGACCCCCGCUGCCCCCCCCUGCCCCGACCCCCGCUGCCCCCCCUGCCCCGACCCCCGCUGUCCCCCCUGACCCGACCCCCGCUGUCCCCCCGACCCCGCUGUCCCCCUGCACCGACCCCCGCUGUCCCCCCUGCCCCGACCCCCCGCUGUCCCCCCUGCCCCGACCCCCGCUGUCCCCCCUGCCCUGACCCCCGCUGUCCCCCCGACCCCCGCUGUCCCCCCUGCCCUGACCCCCGCUGCCCUGACCCCCGCUGCCCCGACCCCCCCCUGCCCCGAUCCCCGCUGUCCCCCCUGCCCCGACCCCCGCUGCCCCCCCCUGCCCCGACCACCGCUGCCCUGACCCCCGCUGCCCCGACCCCCGCUGUCCCCCCUGCCCCGACUCCCGCUGCCCCCCUGCCCCGACCCCCCCCUGCCCCGAUCCCCGCUGCCCCCCCUGCUCCGAACCCCGCUGCCCCGAUCCCCGCUGCCCCCCCUGCUCCGACCCCCGCUGCCCCCCCCUGCCCCGACCCCCCCUGCCCCGAUCCCCGCUGUCCCCCCUGCCCCGACCCCCGCUGUCCCCCCUGCCCCGACUCCCGCUGCCCCCCUGCCCCGACCCCCCCUGCUCGGACCCCCGCUGCCCCCCCUGCCCCGACCCCCCCUGCCCCGAUCCCCGCUGCCCCCCCUGCUCCGACCCCCGCUGCCCCCCCUGCCCCGACUCCCGCUGCCCCCCUGCCCCGACUCCCCCUGCUCCGACCCCCGCUGCCCCCCCUGCCCCGACCCCCCCUGCCCCGAUCCCCGCUGCCCCCCCUGCUCCGACCCCCGCUGCCCCCCCUGCCCCGACCCCCGCUGCCCCGACCCCCGCUGUCCCCCCGACCCCGCUGUCCCCCCUGCCCCGAUCCCCGCUGUUCCCCCUGCCCCGACCCCCGCAGGAUGCCCCGACCCCCGCUGCCCCCCCGACCCCCGCUGUCCCCCCGACCCCCGCUGUCCCCCCUGCCCCGACCCCCGCUGCCCCCCUGCCCUGACCUCCGCUGUCCCCGCUGCCCCGCCCCCGCCCCGCCCCCCCCUGCCCCGAUCCCCGCUGCCCCCCCUGCCCCGACCACCGCUGCCCCGACCCCCGCUGCUCGGGCCGCCGCGGGGUCCCAGGCCGAGCGGGAUCCCGGGACCGGCUCCGCGGUGGAAGGCGGGACGCGGGAGCCACAGGGCCCCCCACGAUCCCACUGCGGGUCCCAGGAGGGAGCGCCCAUCCGCCCACGGAACAGGUCGCGCGUCCACGCCGGAUCGCAGCCGGCGCGCCCUUGGGGUUCUGGUCCCGAGAGCAGCGCUGGUGGGCGGCGCCGGGACGCCGUCCGCGCCCAGGCCGGCCCGGCGGGCUCCAGCGCGCUCCAGCCCUGCCCGGCCGCCCCGCCCCCGACUUCCUCCGUCCUGCGCAGGCGCGACCCCACCCCGCCCCCUCCACCGCCCACGCACCCCAACCUCGCCGCCGUGCGCAGGCGCGGCCCCGCCCCAGCCAGCCGCGGGCGGCGGUGA